AUGUCAUUGAAAGAACAGUUGCAAAAACUUGCGGUGCCUCAAAGCAGACAUCAUUUGGAAAGUCAAAAGUCUUCUUUGUUAUUUGAUUCUAAUGAAGUUGCAUCCCUCGACAGUGAAGUUGUUCUUGAGUUGGCCAUCAGUGGUUUGAAUGCUCUAGUUGCCCUCAAUAAAUCAUUCACAAAGUAUGAGCCACUGUUGUUCAAUAAAAGUUUUGAUAGAAUGAUUCAAGGAAAAAAAGUUAAUAAAGACCUAGACAAUGUGAUAAAACAGUACUUGAUUGAAUUAUCUCCAUAUUUUCUUACCAAGCCUGCUUUAAAAACUCUGGAAUGGUUAGUUUACAAG